UACACGGUAUUGCUCGUCACUGCGUAGGCUUCUCUGAGGUCAGAGAAACAGUACUAUGCAGCGGGGGCGCAGCAGGAUUAAAUCUAUAUAAUCUCUAUUAUUUGCAUGAUAAAAUCAGUGUGCUAUAAAAUACAGACAUGGUGAAGAUCAUUUUUCAGCCUGUCUCGUCGCAGAAACCCGAUAAGGAGAACGAUGGCGAUAAAACUGAUAUUCUUAUGCCUCAUGUACACGGGGAGCUGGUGCUUCCUCUUAGGCCCAGGAAGUCUCCCCUAAAUGGCCUGUGUUGCCUCACCUUUGGCCUGGUGGUCUUCAUGUCCAGCCUGGUGUUAGUGUCCAUCUACGUUUACCGUUACUAUUUCAUACCUCAGAUCCCAGAGGACAGCCUGUUUCAUUGCAGGGUUCUGUAUGAAGACUCUGUUUAUGCUCCUCUGCGCGGGCGCCAGGAGUUGGAAGAGAAUGUUGGCAUAUACCUCGAUGACAACUAUGAGCAGAUCAGUGUGCCUGUACCCCACUUUGGAGGGAGCGACCCCGCCGAUAUCAUCCAUGAUUUUCACCGGGGUUUGACUGCGUACCAUGACAUUGCCUUGGACAAGUGUUUUGUCAUAGAGCUGAAUACAACACUGGUAAUGCCGCCACGUAACCUGUGGGAGCUGCUGGUCAAUGUUAAGAAGGGGACAUACCUACCCCAAACGUACAUCGUGCAGGAGGAGAUGAUGGUGACGGGCCGUGUGAGGAACAUGAGACAACUGGGGCCUUUCAUCAACCGGAUGUGUUAUGGCAGGGAGAUCUACCGCCUCAAACGCCGCAACCAACACAGACGCAUCAUUAAACGUGAGGCAAGGAAUUGCCACAGCAUUCGGCACUUUGAGAACACUUUUGUGGUGGAGACCGUCAUCUGUGAUCAAAUCUAUCUCUAGAACUGAGAGAUCCGCCACUCUACACAUUGCAAAGCAAAUUCUGAAAUCAGACCUCGCGCAUCUAUUAGGCUUAACUGCACUUUAUGAGCAUGUGUUUGAUUGUAUUGUAUUUUAUAGUAGUUAAAUGUUUGUCUUUAUUUUGUUUGUCCAAAGUACAUUGUCCUGAUGUCAUGUUUUUUAUUAAAAUAGCCUAUACAUUUUGAUAGUGUGUAUUGUAAAAUACAUAAGUAGCUUUUUAUCAUGGUGCACAAAAUGUUGAUUUCUUUUAAUUGAGAUCAUAUGCAUAAUCAUGAAAGCUCUUUGGUAGAAUAUGGAAAAUUGAUUGAUUUUGCACGUUUGUCUUGUUUUUCUCCGUUGUUCAUCUCGUAACCAAGGGUAUGUGUUUGUGGGUGUGUGUGUGAAGAUGUGGGUGCAAAUAUGCUGCUUGCACUGUAUGCGCACAUACGGUUACAUUCCUUCCUAGGUCCAUCUAAACAGAACUGGGCCUAUUUGUUUUGGAUCUCAAGAAAAGCCGAAACAUACCUCAUAUUUUAGACGUCAAUAUUUUUUGCCUGUAAUUUUAACCCAUUUACUUUGCAUUGUUCUUAAGCAAUAUAUAUAUAUAUAUACUGUAAUUUUUCAAAUUAUACAAUGCACAGAUUUUUAUUUAAGUUCAUUUUGUGAAUUAUUUAUUUCAUGAUUAUCUGUCCUUCUAGUAGUAUCUUUCGCCUUUGUUCUCACUCAUCUGGCAUUGGGUGUAUUCAGUAGCAGUGUUUUGGGGGAACCAAAACUAGAACCAACAUUAGGGUUAUAUGUGCAGUGUUUGGGGUGGUUUAUAAAAAGUUAAUAUAAAAAUAGAGGCAAAUCUAUAUAGGUGACGGCCUCCCGAGGAAACUUUCUUUCAAUUUCUUUCCUUUUCUGUUUUCCUCUUUUCAUUCCUUUGUUUAGCUGUUACUCAGACUUUUAACUCCCAUUUACCUUCUACAUUGCUAUUCUUUUAAGCUGCUCUUUUUAAACCACUGGUACAAUAUCUGCUAUCUCAACUUCUACUACCACUACCACCGUAUCUAAUAUGAUAUUGGACACAUUUGUUGGCUUUGGAUGAGAUCUAGGAUAUCUCUCCAUGACUUUCUCUUCUGAAUCUCCCUGCUGUACAGUCCUUCUGCCUUCAAUAUCUGACCACAUAAUAAAUAAACUGUAAAAUA